UUGACCAAACUUUGAGGUCAGCAGAAACAAAAUGGCAACCAUUCGUGGAUUUCACCGUCUAGGCCUCGGCCUAACUUGGAAUCGUGUGCGUUUGCACCUUAUACAGAGAACAAGGCCUAGCAUUGUACUGUCGAGACAGUGUACUACCGAAGAGAAAGUUACACACACCGGUCAGGCCUUUGAAGAGUCUGAUGUGAGGCGAGCACGGUUUAUUUCCAGAGAAAAAAUGGUGAAUGAAAACUUCGCAAUAGACAUGAUAGCUGACGAGCCUCCAACUGAGGUAGAUGCAAGACAUGUGUGGUGUAAUGGUGGCGGCGGACCUCUAGGCCAUCCUAAAGUCUACAUCAAUCUUGAUCCCGAAGGACCUCAUUCAUGUGGCUACUGUGGGCUACGGUUUGUAAAAAAGCCGCAUUAAUAUGGAAGUCUGUAUUCUACUGUAAACCACGAGAACUGAUGUGAGCAUGCAUUAGGCAAAUGUCCAAUGCUGUUAUGUUUGCAAGUUGAAUCCUAGAUUUCAAUACAUGUCCAUGUGUGCAAGUUGAAUGUUGUCAAGAAAGCGUGCGGAUAAUUUACAAGGAUUGUAAUAUCAUGACCACAUUUGACGAUAAGCAGGAAGAUUGUGACAGAUGUAUUUACAUACAUGAAGCUUGUACACAUUGAACGUGUAUGUUACAUGUAAUACGCUGAAUUGAUGUAGAACUAUUAAGAAAUGAAUGACAAUAUAUUUCAAUUUGGCAUCCAAGGAGUUCAAGACAAUUAUCUGUAUGAUCUAAUUAGUUCAUAACCUAAAAAAACCUAUUCAUGCUUGUAUAUAAAAUAUUAACAUUUAGUUUUGAAAGGUUUGAAUAAAAACAUUACAGAAAUUAA